GCCGUGGGGCUCCGACAUGUUGGAAGCGCAGCGGCGAAAGCGAGAGAGCCCGACCUGCGCCUUGCCGAAGAAGAGAACCCCAGCCGCAGCGGAGACGCCGAACGCGUCGGAGCCAAUCGUCUCCGACCAUGCAAAUAAGAUUUCAAAAUGGAGGAGGUACCAGGGGAUCAGAUAGAAAUUCCAAAAACUGAAGAAGAUGCUGGGCAGCCUGGCCCCAGCCCAGCUGCACCUGAGGAUGGUGGAUCUGGAACAACUGUACCAGAGGAUACUCCCCCUGGCCCUCCUGCAUCAGAGGAUAUUGUGCCCAGAUCUGCCGGCCAUGCUCGACAAACAGCACCUUUCCAUUCUUCUGAAGACCCUCCUGCCUAUCUUCCAGCUAGCCGCAGGAUGUCUAAAUUUCGCCGGAGUGUUAGUGGAGUUCAGUCUCUACAAGAAACCAUAAAAGAAAAACAGGCACGAUAUAGAGAUGCAAGAGAAAGUCGAAAGAUGAAAGUUGAUGCUUCAUAUAAAUAUAUAUUUGAAGUUCUAGGAGACAGACUUAGCUUAGAUGUAACAACUGUAGAAGAGAUGAUUUUGGAUGGCCCAUCAUUAGCAGCAUUCGAUAAUUUUUUUGCCAAAGGAGGAAAUAGAACAUUGAAAUUUUUGUAUCAAGAAGGAGAUGCACCAGGAGUAGAAUGUGGUCGAACAAUUCCAGGAGUUGUAAAAGGAACUAAAAUUAUGAGAUUGUAUGUCGAUAUCACACCAGACAAGUUCAAAGGACUCUGUUUAUUCUUCACUCGUUAUAAGAAUGACACCCCUGUAAAUGCAAAAACUAUGCAUGAGGAGAUAUAUUUUUGUACAUUGGAUGCUACUGAAGGACUUCUACUUGGUGUUAGGAAUAUGCUAUCAAAGAUUUUUCUACCAGCUAUUCUUGCAACAAACAAUUGGGGUGCUUUAAAUCAAACCAAACAGGGAACAUAUGAAAAACAGAAUUUUACAGAAACCAUUAACAGAUAUCUUUCAUUUUUAGAUGGUGCUACAAUAAGCAUUAAAGGAACUGUUGAGUUAAAAAAAGUAGAUUCUGUUGACUUUUCUAAACUCCAGUCCUUUGAGGAAGUCGCAGCAGCAGCUGCUAAUCCUGAUACAGUGCAUGAGCUAGAGGAUGUGCUUAUGAUAUGGUAUAAGCAGAUCGAACAAGUUUUGAUUGAGAGUGAGCAGAUGAGAAAAGAAGCUGAUGAUUCAGGGCCGCUGACUGAGCUAGAGCAUUGGAAACGCACGUCUGCUAAAUUUAAUUUUAUUAUUGAACAGAUCAAAGGACCAAGCUGCAAAUCUGUCAUAAAUGUUUUAAAUAUUGCACAUUCUAAACAAUUGAAGAUAUGGAGAGAGCUGGAUGCCAGAAUCACAGAUACAGCAAAUGAAUCAAAAGACAACGUGAGAUAUUUAUACACACUUGAAAAAGUUUGUCAGCCACUUUACAAUUAUGAUCUGGUAUCCAUGGCACAUGGAAUACAAAAUUUGAUUAAUGCUAUAAGAAUGAUUCACAGCGUUUCAAGAUAUUAUAAUACGUCAGAGAGAAUGACGUCACUGUUUAUAAAGGUGACAAAUCAAAUGGUCACAGCAUGCAAGGCCUAUAUUACUGAUGGUGGUGUUUCUCGUGUGUGGGACCAGGAAAUACCAGUAGUUAUUAAAAAAAUUCAGGACUGCAUGUUUUUAUUUAAAGAAUAUCAAAAAUGUUUUCAUAAAACAAGGACACAGAUCUUGGAAGCCUUAGGGGAAAAGACAUUUGAGGUGUCAGAGAUGUAUAUCUUCGGUAAAUUUGAAGCUUUUUGUAAAAGGCUAGAAAAAAUUACAGAAAUGAUUACUAUAGUACAAACUUUUUCUGCACUGAGUAUGUCUACAAUUGAAGGUAUAGAUAUUAUGGCAAUAAAAUUCAAAAAUAUCUACCAAAGUAUCCAGAAGAAACAAUAUGAUAUUCUUGACCCACGAAAAACAGAAUUUGAUAUAGAUUUUGUUGACUUUUCAACAAAAAUCGGAGGUUUAGAGGUGCAGAUACAGACUUUUAUGAGUAGUUGUUUUGGAAGAAUUUUGUCUUCUCAGCAUGCACUUCAGUUGCUGCAAAGGUUUCAGAAACUGAACAUGCCCUGUCUUCAGCAAGAAAUAGCACAUACUGUUGGUCUUAUUCUUCAGCAUUAUGUAGCAGAACUUGAAGCUACUAAAAAGCUUUACCAGACCCAAAAAGAUGAUCCUCCUCUUGCUCGAAACAUGCCCCCUGUAUCAGGAAAGAUACUGUGGGUAAGGCAGCUCUUCAGACGGAUAAGUGAACCAAUCAACUAUUUCUUUAAAAAUUCAGAUAUCUUGACAAGCCCAGAGGGAAAAGCAGUGGUUCGAUCAUUCAAUAAAAUUUCUUAUGUAUUAGUGGAAUUUGAGGUACUAUAUCACAGUGCUUGGGUGAAGGAAAUUUCACAGCUACAAUAUGCAUUACAAGCUUCACUACUUGUGCGUCACCCUGAAACUGCAAAGUUUCUGGUUAACUUUGAUCCCAAAAUGCUAGAAAUUGUUCGAGAGACUAAAUGUAUGAUAAAGAUGGGUCUUGAAGUACCGGAGCAAGCAAAGAGAAUGGUAAAAAUGGAAAAUAACCUGAAGGCAAACAAACUUAUUUUGGAGAAUCUUCUGCAAUGCUAUGAAGAUCUGUGUCAGGAAACACCCAUGGUGUUCGUGAAUUUGAUGGCCCCUAAAAUGAGAAAGGUGGAAUCUGUGUUGAGGCAGGGACUUACCAUAUUAACUUGGUCAUCUUUGACAUUAGACAGUUUCUUUCAAGAAGUUGAUGAAGUUAUGAAUAUGUUUAAACAACUUUUGAAAAAGGUUAAUGACUUAUGUGAAGUACAGAUUGACUUAAUAUUGAAGGAAGUAUCAAAUACUCUUUUAAUUGUGCUGCCAGAGGAUCGUCCUGUUAAAGUGGAGGAUAUGCUGACACGCAAUGAGACUUAUACGAAAGAAUGUGCUGAAAUAUUGAACCACAAAAGUAUGCAUAUUGAAGAUGCUGUCCAGGAACUGAUAUCUGUAUUUGAGACAAUUUAUGAAGUUAAAAAUUCUAAGAGAACAUUAAAAAAAGUUUCAUUACCAGUAGCAGGGAAGCAUGUGGCAUUUGGGGGUAAUGAAGAUGAAGAAGAAACUGAUGACUCUUUACCUAUUCUUAGUGAGGAGAGUGAAGAUAAUGAGAAAGAAGAUGAGUUUAAAAAGGAAUGUAAAGAAAUGGUUGCAUACUUCAGCCAUCAGUUACUGGACAGUCUAUUAAAAACCACCCGACUAUCUUUGGAUACACUUAAAAAAAGAAUAUUUGUUUCAAACACCAGUUCCUUUGGACGAUCAGGCUUUUUUUCUCAGGCAAGCAAAUCUGAAGAAGUUGUUUGCUUUCUAAAAGCUGAAGUACAUCUUGCUAUUCCUAAUGUGGUAAUGGUUCCCAGUUUGGAUGAUAUACAGCAAGCCAUCAAUCGUAUGAUCCAAUUAAUAUUGGAAGUAAGUCGUGGAGUUGCACAGUGGGGACAGCAACACUUAAUGCUGAGCAGUAUUGCACAUAAAAUCUCUUCAACACCCAGUGGAAUAGGAGGGAAAGCAGGCAAAAAAGAAGAAAAAGCAGCUGAAGAGUCUGGUCCUGUAAGAAAACUAAGAAAUUUUUAUCCAGGUGUUGCAGAACACAAAGAUGUUUCCAAAUUAGUUGUUCUCCUCUCAAGUUCUGUAAAUUCUGUAAGGAAGGCAACCAGUGAAGCACUGCAGGACUUCCAGAAAUAUAAAGUGUUGUGGACAGAAGACAGAGAUGCUAAAGUUCAGGAAUUUCUGGCUAGCAAUCCUUCUCUGACUGAAAUCAGAGCUGAAAUUCUUCAUUAUGCUACUUUUGAGCAAGAGAUUGAGGAUUUAAAACCUACUAUUCUUGUAGGUCCAAUUGAAUUGCAGACAGGGCCAUUGAAAUUAGCUUUGUCAAUUGAAGCCAAAGCAUGGAAAAUGCUGCUCUGUCGUUACUUAAAUGAAGAAUACAAGAAGAAAAUGACUGACAUUAUAUCAUUUAUAACUCAAUAUUUAAAGAAAUUAUCUCGACCCAUUCGUGACUUAGAUGAUGUCAGAUUUGCAAUGGAAGCUUUAUCCAACAUCCGUGAUAAAGAAAUACAAAUAGAUAUGACUUUAGGACCUAUUGAGGAAGCCUAUACUAUUUUAAACAGAUUUGAAGUUGAGGUGACAAAAGAAGAAUCAGAAGGAGUUGAUACACUCAGAUAUUCUUUUAACAAAUUACUGACCAAAGCUGUCAGUGUUCAAGAUGAGUUGGUUCAAGUUCAGCCCAAAUUUAAGAGUAGCCUGCUAGAAUCAGUUGCAGUUUUUCGUGAGGACGUGUCCAACUUCGAAACAUCAUAUGAAAUGGAAGGACCUAUGGUUCCAAAUAUACCACCUCAAGAAGCUAGCAAUAGACUGCAGUUAUACCAGGCUAAUUUUGAUGAACUCUGGAGAAAAUUUGUCACUUAUUCAUCUGGUGAACAGCUAUUUGGAUUGCCUGUCACAGACUAUGAAGUUUUACAUAAGAUAAGGAAGGAGCUAGGAUUGCUUCAGAAGCUUUAUGGCUUAUAUGAUACUGUAAUGAACAAUAUUAGUGGAUAUUAUGAGAUACUUUGGACAGAUGUAGACAUUGAAAAAAUUAAUGCUGAACUUCUGGAUUUUCAAAACAGGUGCCGCAAACUUCCCAAAGGACUUAAAAACUGGCAGGCAUUCUUAGAUCUCAAGAAAAGAAUAGAUAAUUUUAGUGAAUCAUGCCCUUUGUUGGAAAUGAUGACCAACAAAGCGAUGAAACAGAGACACUGGAAUCGUAUUGCUGAAACAACAGAACAUCCUUUUGAUGUGGAAUCUGAUUCUUUUUCUCUUCGAAAUAUCAUGGAAGCACCACUUCUUAAACAUAAAGAAGAUAUUGAAGAUAUUUGCAUAUCUGCUAUAAAGGAAAAAGAUAUUGAAGCCAAAUUGUCUCAGGUAGUUGAAAGCUGGGGAGGCCAGAGCCUGAGUUUUUCAGCAUUCAAAGGAAGAGGAGAACUAUUGUUAAAAGGAACUGAAUCAUCAGAGAUUAUUACAAUGAUGGAGGAUAGUUUAAUGAUUCUGGGCUCUUUGCUCAGCAACAGAUACAAUACACCAUUUAAAAAGGAAAUUCAGAACUGGGUUUACAAACUAACCACCUCCAGCGAUAUCAUUGAAGAAUGGCUGGUUGUGCAAAACCUCUGGGUUUAUCUUGAAGCUGUUUUUGUAGGUGGAGAUAUUGCAAAACAGUUACCUCAGGAAGCAAAACGUUUUCAGAACAUUGACAAAUCGUGGAUAAAAAUAAUGCAGCGAGCUCAUGAGAACCCAAAUGUCAUUAACUGUUGUGUUGGAGAUGAGACAAUGGGACAACUGCUACCUCAUUUACAUGAGCAGCUGGAAGUGUGUCAGAAGUCACUUACAGGGUAUUUAGAGAAGAAAAGGCUACUGUUUCCCAGAUUCUUCUUUGUCUCUGAUCCUGCCCUUCUUGAAAUUCUUGGACAAGCAAGUGAUUCACACACUAUUCAGCCACACCUGCCUUCUAUAUCUGACAAUGUGAAUGAAGUUCAAUUUCAUGUGAAGGAUUAUGAUCGCAUAUUGGCAGUCAUAUCAAGGGAAGGAGAAAAAAUUCCUCUGGAUACUCCAGUGAAUGCAAAAGGACCUGUAGAGCUUUGGUUGCUAGAUUUAUUGCGUGUGCAACAGUCUUCAUUACAUGGUAUAAUUAGGGCAGCAUAUUACCAAAUUAGUGAUUCAGGGUACCAACUACUGAACUUCCUUAAUCAUUUCCCAGCACAGGUAGGAUUAUUAGGAAUUCAGAUGAUGUGGACUCAUGAUUCUGAAGAAGCCCUACGCAGUGCAAAAGAUGACAGGAAAAUCAUGCAAGUAACCAACCAGAGAUUUCUGGAUAUUCUGAAUACACUUAUCAGUCAGACAACCCAUGAUCUUUCCAAAUAUGAUAGAGUGAAAUAUGAAACUCUGGUCACUAUUCAUGUGCAUCAGCGAGAUAUUUUUGAUGACUUGGUAAAAAUGCAUAUCAAGUCAGUAAGUGAUUUUGAAUGGCUAAAGCAGUGUAGAUUUUAUUUUAAGGAAGAUUUUGAUCAAGUUUUAGUAUCCAUUACAAAUGUUGAUUUUGUUUACCAAAAUGAAUUUUUGGGAUGCACUGAUCGUCUGGUUAUAACUCCUCUAACUGACAGAUGCUAUAUUACCUUAGCUCAGGCAUUAGGAAUGAACAUGGGAGGUGCUCCUGCAGGACCAGCUGGAACUGGUAAAACAGAAACCACAAAAGACAUGGGAAAGGCUCUUGGAAAAUAUGUAGUAGUAUUUAACUGUUCUGAUCAAAUGGACUUCAGAGGCUUGGGAAGAAUCUUCAAAGGUCUUGCACAGUCAGGCUCCUGGGGAUGUUUUGAUGAAUUUAACAGAAUUGAAUUACCUGUCCUGUCAGUGGCAGCUCAACAAAUAUAUAUUAUUUUAACAGCAAGGAAAGAAAGAAAAAAGCAGUUCAUUUUUUCUGAUGGAGACUGUGUAGAUUUAAACCCAGAAUUUGGAAUUUUUCUUACAAUGAAUCCUGGAUAUGCUGGACGCCAGGAAUUACCUGAAAAUCUAAAAAUUCAAUUUAGAACUGUUUCCAUGAUGGUACCAGAUAGGCAGAUAAUUAUGCGAGUUAAGCUUGCAAGUUGUGGAUUUAUUGAUAAUGUGGUUUUGGCUCAGAAAUUCUUUGUUCUUUACAAACUUUGUGAGGAGCAGCUCACCAAGCAGGUUCAUUAUGACUUCGGUCUGAGAAAUAUCCUUUCAGUGUUGAGGACUCUUGGAGCUCAAAAAAGGGCCAGACCAGAUGACAGUGAAUUAAGUACUGUUAUGAGAGGGCUAAGGGAUAUGAACCUCUCUAAACUGGUAGAUGAAGAUGAACCCUUAUUUCUGAGUCUUAUAAAUGACCUCUUUCCAGGAUUGCAGUUAGAUAGUAAUACAUAUGUUGAAUUGCAAGCUGCAGUAACUAAUCAGGUUGAAGAAGCAGGAUUGAUUAAUCAUCCACCUUGGAAUCUCAAGCUUGUUCAGCUAUAUGAAACUUCUAAAGUACGCCAUGGUUUGAUGACACUUGGACCCAGUGGUUCUGGGAAAACAACAGUUAUAACUAUUCUGAUGAGGGCAAUGACAGAAUGUGGGCAUCCUCACAGAGAGAUGCGCAUGAACCCAAAAGCUAUUACUGCUCCUCAAAUGUUUGGCAAACUAGAUACUGCAACUAAUGACUGGACUGAUGGAAUCUUUUCUACACUGUGGAGAAAAACAUUGAAAGCUAAAAAGGGUGAGAAUAUAUUUUUGAUUCUAGAUGGUCCAGUAGAUGCAAUUUGGAUUGAAAAUCUAAAUUCUGUUUUGGAUGAUAAUAAGACACUAACUCUGGCUAAUGGUGAUAGAAUUCCUAUGGCUCCUACCUGUAAGUUGUUAUUUGAGGUUCACAACAUUGAGAAUGCCUCUCCUGCAACAGUUUCUCGGAUGGGCAUGGUCUACAUCAGUUCCUCUGCCCUCAGCUGGAGACCAAUAUUACAAGCAUGGCUGAAGAAACGCUCUUCACAAGAAGCUGAUGUUUUACAAAACUUAUAUGAUAGAAUCUUUGAACCAACAUAUACAUAUAUGAAGUUAAACCUUAAUCCAAAAGUGGAACUUCUAGAAUGUAACUAUAUUAUGCAGUCUAUUCAUCUUUUGGAGGGUUUGAUUCCCUCAAAGGAAGAAGGCGGUAUUUCAACUGUAUUCCAUCUUCAUAAAUUGUUCAGCUUUGGGCUGAUGUGGAGUUUAGGUGCCCUUCUGGAACUGGAUAGCAGGGAUAAACUUGAAGCCUUCAUUAGAGCUAAUGAUAACAAAUUAGAUUUGCCAGAAAUCCCUGUAGAAACCAAUCAAACAAUGUAUGAGUUUUAUGUUACUGAUUAUGGUGACUGGGAACACUGGAGUAAAAGAGUUCAAGAAUACGUUUAUCCAACAGACAGUGUCCCAGAAUAUGCAUCUAUUUUGGUUCCAAAUGUUGACAAUGUGAGAACUCAAUUUUUGAUUGACACAAUUGCAAAGCAACACAAAGCAGUUUUGCUCACUGGAGAACAAGGAACUGCAAAAUCUGUAAUGAUUAAAGCUUAUUUGAAAAAAUAUGACCCUGAACAACAUUUGUCGAAAUGUUUAAACUUUUCCUCUGCCACAGAGCCAUUUAUGUUUCAGAGGGCGAUAGAGAGUUAUGUGGACAAACGCAUGGGCAGUACUUAUGGACCACCAGGAGGCAGAAAAAUGACUGUAUUUGUUGAUGAUAUUAAUAUGCCAAUAAUUAAUGAAUGGGGUGAUCAGAUCACAAAUGAAAUAGUGCGCCAGAUGAUGGAAAUGGAAGGAAUGUACAGUUUGGAUAAACCUGGAGACUUUACAACAAUUGUUGAUGUACAGUUAACAGCAGCUAUGAUACACCCUGGAGGAGGCCGUAAUGAUAUCCCACAGCGUUUGAAGAGGCAGUUUUCUAUAUUUAAUUGCACAUUGCCAUCCAAUGCAUCCAUAGACAAAAUUUUUGGAAUUAUUGGCUCUGGAUACUUUCACCCAUGUAGAAAAUUCAGUCCUGAGAUAUGUGAUGUAAUCAAGAAAUUAGUCCCAACUGGCAGAAUAUUAUGGCAGUGGACAAAGACUAAGAUGCUACCCACACCAUCCAAGUUUCAUUAUAUUUUCAAUCUUCGAGACCUUUCUAGAAUUUGGCAAGGAAUGCUAACUAUAAAAGCAGAAGAAUGCAACAAUAUCACUACACUUAUGGCACUUUUUAAACAUGAAUGCACUAGAGUAAUUGCUGACAGAUUUAUUACUGAUGAAGACGUAGCUUGGUUUGAUAAAACUAUUUUUCGAGCAGUUGAGGAAUGUAUGGGUGCAGGAUUAGAAUCAGUUCUCCAGAAUGAACCAUAUUUUGUAGAUUUUUUACGGGAAAUGCCUGAACCCACUGGAGAAGAACCUGAAGAUUUUGUUUUUGAAGCACCAAAAAUGUAUGAAGAGAUUCCCACUUUCGAAUUUCUGUGUGAAAGACUUCAAGCAUACCAAAAAAGUUACAAUGAAUAUAUCAGGGGAUCAUUUCUCGAUCUGGUGUUUUUUAAAGAUGCAAUGACUCAUCUUGUUAAGAUUUCACGAAUAAUUCGGACAGCAUGUGGAAAUGCUUUACUUGUGGGAGUUGGUGGUUCUGGAAAACAGAGUCUUUCAAGGUUGGCCUCUUUUAUAGCAGGAUAUAGGAUAUUUCAGAUCACUUUAACUAGAUCAUAUAAUGUGAGCAAUCUUACAGAUGAUUUAAAACUGCUGUAUAAAGUAGCUGGAGCAGAAGGAAAAGGCAUUACCUUCAUUUUCACUGAUAAUGAAAUAAAAGAUGAGGCUUUUCUGGAAUACCUUAACAAUUUGCUAUCCUCAGGAGAGAUUUCUAAUUUAUUUGCUCGGGAUGAACUAGAUGAAAUCACUCAAGGAUUAAUAUCUGUGAUGAAAAAAGAGCUGCCUCGAAAUCCUCCUACAUAUGAUAAUCUUUAUGAGUAUUUUAUAUCGCGGGCAAAGAAGAAUUUACAUGUAGUUCUCUGCUUUUCUCCUGUGGGCGAGAAGUUUCGUGCCCGUUCUUUGAAAUUUCCUGGUCUGAUAUCAGGCUGCACUAUGGACUGGUUUAACCGGUGGCCUAAGGAAGCUCUUGUUGCUGUAGCUAGUUAUUUUCUUUCAGAAUUUAACAUGGUCUGUUCCACUUCUGUUAAAGCACGUGUAGUAGAAACUAUGGGCCUCUUCCAUGAUAUAGUUUCUGAGAGCUGUGAUAAUUAUUUUCAGAGAUAUCGACGAAGAGCACAUGUUACACCCAAAUCUUAUCUCUCUUUCAUAAACGGUUAUAAAGAAGUUUAUGCUGAUAAGCUAGAAAAUAUUAAUGAACAAGCUGAACGUAUGCAAAUAGGUCUCUCUAAGCUGAUGGAAGCCAGUGAAUCUGUAGCUAAACUCUCUCAGGAGUUGGCAGUUAAAGAGAAGGAACUGGCUGCAGCUUCUAUAAAAGCAGAUAAAGUGCUGGCAGAAGUUACAGUAAGUGCUGAAGCUGCAGCUAAAGUAAAAAAUGAAGUCCAGGGUGUGAAAGACAAAGCACAAAAGAUUGUAGAUGAAAUUGAUUCAGAAAAAGUAAAAGCUGAGACCAAAUUGGAGGCAGCUAGACCAGCUCUAGAAGAUGCAGAAGCUGCACUGAAUACCAUCAAACCAGUGGAUAUUGCCACAGUUAGGAAGCUUGCAAAACCCCCUCAUCUAAUCAUGAGGAUCAUGGAUUGUGUUCUGUUAUUGUUCCAAAAGAAAAUAGACCCAGUUACGCUGGAUCCAGAAAAGCCUUGCUGUAAGCCAUCCUGGGGAGAGUCACUAAAACUUAUGAGUGGUCCAUUUCUGCAGUCUCUCCAGCAAUUUCCUAAGGACAGUAUCAAUGAGGAGACUGUAGAAUUAUUACAGCCUUAUUUCAACAUGGAAGACUAUACUUUGGAGCAUGGUAAAAAGGUCUGUGGUAAUGUGGCAGGACUCUUAUCUUGGACACAAGCCAUGGCAAUAUUUUAUAGCAUUAACAGAGAAGUGUUACCUCUUAAGGCUAACUUGGCAAAACAAGAAGGGCGUUUGGAAGUAGCUAAUGCAGAGUUAGCUCAGGCUCAGGAGGCACUAGAUGAGAAACAAGCUGAGCUGGAUAAAGUGCAGGCAAAGUUUGAUGCAGCAAUGAAGGAGAAAAUGGACCUGUUGAAUGAUGCGGAAAUGUGCAGGAGAAAGAUGCAAGCAGCUUCUGCGCUUAUAGAUGGUCUGAGUGGAGAGAAAGUUAGAUGGACUCAGCAAAGUAAAGAGUUCAGAGCUCAGAUUAACAGACUUGUGGGAGAUGUUUUGCUCUGCACAGGAUUCCUUUCCUAUUGUGGGCCUUUUAAUCAAAGUUUUCGGAACCUUUUGCUUAAAGAUUUAUGGGAAGCAGAGAUGAGAAUCCGGAAAAUCCCUUUUACUGAAAACUUGAAUCUAAUUUCAAUGCUGGUAGAUCCACCAACGAUCAGUGAGUGGAACCUGCAAGGUCUGCCAGGAGAUGAACUCUCAAUUCAGAAUGGUAUCAUUGUUACUAAAGCAACUAGGUACCCACUUUUGAUAGAUCCACAAACUCAAGGGAAAACAUGGAUUAAAAAGAAAGAACAGGGUAAUGAAUUGCAGGUGACAACUUUAAACCACAAGUAUUUCCGCACACAUUUGGAGGACAGCCUUUCACUGGGACGAUCACUUGUUAUUGAGGAUAUAGGUGAAGAGUUGGAUCCUGCCCUUGAUAAUAUAUUAGAAAAGAAUUUCAUUAAAUCCGGAUCCUCUUAUAAGGUGAAAGUUGGUGAUAAAGAAAUAGAUGUAAUGAAUACAUUUAAGCUAUACAUUACUACAAAACUACCCAAUCCAGCUUUCACACCUGAGAUCAAUGCUAAAACAUCAGUUAUUGAUUUUACUGUUACGAUGAAGGGACUUGAAAAUCAAUUACUAAGAAGAGUAAUUCUUACUGAGAAACAGGAGCUCGAAGCAGAACGAAUUAAACUCAUGGAAGAUGUUACUUUUAAUAAGAGGAAGAUGAAAGAACUUGAAGAUAAUCUUCUCUACAAACUAAGUGCAACUAAAGGUUCUUUAGUAGAUGAUGAAUCUUUGAUUGGUGUUCUGCGAACAACUAAACAAACAGCAGCUGAGGUAGCUGAAAAGUUAUAUGUGGCAGGAGAAACUCAAGUGAAGAUAAAUACUGCACAAGAGGAAUAUCGACCUGCUGCUACACGAGGAAGCAUUCUUUACUUUCUUAUCACAGAAAUGAGCAUGGUCAAUAACAUGUACCAAACUUCACUGGCCCAGUUCUUAAAGUUAUUUGACCAGUCCAUGGCCAAAUCUGAGAAGUCUCCUUUGCCUCAGAAAAGAAUCUCAAAUAUUAUUGAAUACCUUACGUAUGAAACUUAUAUGUACUCUGUCAGAGGCUUGUAUGAAAACCACAAAUUCCUGUUUACCCUUCUUCUAACACUAAAAAUUGAUCUUCAGAGGGGACACGUCAAAACCAGAGAGUUCCAAGCACUUAUUAGAGGAGGUGCAGCGCUGGAUCUAAAAGCUUGUCCUCCCAAACCAUUCCGGUGGAUCCUUGACAUGACAUGGCUGAAUUUGGUAGAAUUGAGCAAACUUCCACAGUUUUCAGAAAUUAUGAAUCAGAUACUUCGUAAUGAGAAGGGGUGGAAAAGCUGGUUUGAUAAAGAUGCUCCUGAGGAAGAAGUUAUUCCUGAUGGAUACAAUGACUCAUUAGAUACCUGCCGGAAACUUUUACUUAUCAGGUCUUGGUGCCCAGAUCGCACUCUUCCCCAAGCCAGAAAGUAUAUUGCAGAUUCACUAGAUGAGAAAUAUACCGAACCAGUCAUUUUACAGUUAGAGAAAACUUGGGAGGAAAGUGAUACACGGACACCUCUCAUCUGUUUCUUGUCUAUGGGGUCUGACCCAACUAUUCAGAUUGACUCCUUGGCUAGGAAGCUUAAACUAGAAUGUAGGACUAUUUCUAUGGGUCAGGGUCAGGAAGUUCAUGCACGCAAGCUAACACAGAUGUCAAUGCAACAGGGGGGCUGGGUGUUACUUCAAAACUGUCAUCUGGGGUUGGAUUUCAUGGAAGAACUACUGGAAACACUUCUAACUGCUGAGAUACCUGAUGAGAGCUUUCGAGUUUGGAUAACCACUGAGCCACAUCUAAAGUUCCCAAUUACACUGCUACAGAUUUCUAUAAAGUUCACAAAUGAACCCCCGCAGGGUGUACGUGCAGGUUUGAAAAGAACAUUUUCAGGGAUUAAUCAAGACCUGCUAGAUGUCAGCAAUUUGCCUAUGUGGAAACCUCUGCUUUAUACUGUGGCUUUCCUACACUCCACUGUCCAGGAACGACGUAAAUUUGGCCCCUUGGGCUGGAAUAUUCCAUACGAAUUUAACUCUGCAGACUUUACAGCCAGUGUUCAGUUUAUACAGAAUCACCUAGAUGAAUGUGACAUCAAGAAAGGAAUAUCAUGGAGCACAGUACGGUACAUGAUUGGAGAGGUGCAAUAUGGAGGCAGGGUCACAGAUGAUUUUGAUAAGCGUCUUCUUAAUUGCUUUGCGAGGGUGUGGUUCAGUGAAAAGAUGUUUGAAAGUGCCUUCUCUUUUUACACUGGAUAUAAAAUCCCAGUAUGCAAAACUCUGGAACAGUAUCAAGAGUAUAUUCAGUCCCUCCCUGCCAUGGACAGUCCAGAAGUCUUUGGUCUUCACCCCAAUGCGGAUAUCACAUAUCAAAGUAAUACAGCAGCUGAUGUUCUGGAUACCAUUACCAAUAUUCAACCCAAGGAAAGUGGAGGAGGAGCAGGAGAAACCCGUGAAGCCAUUGUAUACCGAUUAGCUGAAGAUAUGCUGGACAAACUGCCUUCUGAUUACAUACCCCAUGAGGUAAAGAAUCGUUUAAUAAAAAUGGGACACCUUAAUUCUAUGAAUAUUUUUCUUCGUCAAGAAAUUGAUCGAAUGCAAAAGGUUAUCUCAAUACUCCGAAACAGUCUGAAUGAUCUUAAACUAGCUAUAGAAGGAACCAUAAUUAUGAGUGAGAGUUUGAGAGAUGCACUUGACAAUAUGUAUGAUGCUCGAAUUCCUCAGCUGUGGAAAAGAGUAUCUUGGGAUUCUUCUACACUUGGAUUCUGGUUUACUGAACUUCUAGAAAGAAAUACUCAAUUCUCUACCUGGAUAUUUGAAGGGAGACCACCUGUUUUUUGGAUGACUGGAUUCUUUAAUCCACAAGGAUUCCUGACAGCAAUGAGACAAGAAGCAACUCGAGCACAUAAAGGCUGGGCUUUAGAUACAGUUACAAUACAUAAUGAAGUGUUAAAGCAAGCUAAAGAAGAAAUCACAACACCUCCUGCUGAAGGGGUCUAUAUUUAUGGACUGUACUUGGAUGGAGCAGGCUGGGACCGACGUAACAGUAAACUUACAGAAUCUGCACCAAAGAUUCUUUUCACACCACUCCCUGUGGUGCACAUAUUUGCUAUUAACACAACUGGUCCUAAAGAUCCAAAACUCUAUGUUUGCCCGGUUUACAAGAAACCAAGGAGGACGGAUCUGACCUACAUCACUGUGAUCUAUUUAAGGACAAUCGUAUCUCCAGACCAUUGGAUACUGAGAGGAGUUGCUCUUUUGUGUGACAUAAAGUAAACUCUAUCUUCCAAAGUAUGACAGAAACACAGAAUAUGCAAUAUGUAACCAACAAUAUAAGCAUUAAGUCUGUUUUUUCCUAAUUUGCUGGUUUGUCUUUUGCCUUUUUGUGUGAAAUCUUUCAACGACAAAAAUUUAAAUACAAUUUAUGCAGCUGAUUGUUAUCUCCCUCUGUCAAGGGAGCAGUUGCAUUAGUGCUGUUCUCAAAGGAAAUUUUAAGUAAAGCAUUUCACUAAUGGUUACUUUUGAAAG